AUGGAUCCGAGAAGAGCCAGAGACCCUCGCCUCGCUCAACGUGGGCCAGAUCCUCGACUUCAGCAGCAUCAGCAGAAGCAACCCUCGGUUCAGCCGCCAAUACCACCACCCGUGAGCAACUUGCAACAACAGACCCCAUAUACCAACACAUCCUCGAUACCAGGAUUGGAAGAAAGUUCCUCCUCUUCGACUAUUACUCCGUCUUCUUCGUCUCUCGGCCCACAGCCCGAUGAAAAUGCCGAGCAAUCUGCUCCUGUCAACGGCUACAAACCGCGACCUUUAUUCUGCGUAGUGUGUGCAAGCAAUCAGAACCGCUCCAUGGAAGGUCAUAACGUCUUGUCUAAGGCGGGGUAUCGGGUUAUUUCAUCGGGUACAGGGUCAGCUGUUCGUCUACCCGGGCCCGCAAUAGACAAGCCCAACAUCUACUCGUUCGGAACGCCUUACAACACGAUCUAUGAAGAACUUAGCUCCAAAGAUCCACGCCUAUAUACCGCCAAUGGAUUGUUGCAGAUGCUGGACCGGAACAGGAGAAUAAAGACAGCUCCGGAAAGAUGGCAAGAGACAAGGACUGUCGCCGAUGUGGUUAUUACAUGCGAAGAGCGAUGUUUCGACGCAGUUUGCGAUGAUUUGUUGAACCGAGGGGGCGAUUUGAGCAAACCGGUCCACAUCAUUAACAUGGAAAUUAAAGAUAAUCAUGAAGAGGCCGCAAUCGCUGGAAAAGCAAUGUUGGACUUGGCUGCGGCGAUCGAAGCCACGGAUGAUAUCGAUGAAAAUAUUGAUAAAAUCUUAGAGGCACAGCAAGAGAAACACCCACACAACCUAUUGCAUGCGGUUGCGUAUUACUGACAGAUAGAUACGAUAUCUUGUACUGACAGUUGCGGACGUCGUGCAAUGCAUGCAGUCUCGAUG